CUUCUCCCGCCCGUGCGCGUCCACGCGAGAGCCGGGUUUGCGUUGUAACGGAGAGGCGGAUUGAACCGGGAAUUUCGGUAGAGAGUAAGCGGUGUAGCCGAAGCGCAGACAUGGCAGCGAUCCGUAAGAAGCUGGUGAUCGUGGGCGACGGGGCCUGUGGAAAGACCUGUCUGCUGAUAGUCUUCAGUAAGGACCAGUUUCCAGAGGUCUAUGUCCCGACAGUCUUUGAGAACUACGUAGCUGACAUCGAGGUGGACAGCAAACAGGUGGAGCUGGCUCUCUGGGACACAGCCGGACAGGAGGACUAUGAUCGGCUCAGGCCUCUGUCCUACCCCGACACAGACGUUAUCCUCAUGUGCUUCUCCAUAGACAGUCCAGACAGUUUAGAAAACAUCCCUGAGAAGUGGACUCCGGAGGUGAAGCAUUUCUGCCCUAAUGUGCCCAUCAUCCUGGUCGGGAACAAGAAGGACCUGAGGAACGACGAGCACACGCGCCGCGAGCUGGCCAAGAUGAAACAGGAGCCAGUGAAGCCAGAGGAGGGCCGGGACAUGGCAAACCGCAUCGGUGCCUUUGGCUACAUGGAGUGCUCAGCCAAGACAAAGGACGGCGUGAGGGAGGUGUUCGAGAUGGCCACCAGGGCGGCGCUACAGGCCCGACGUGGCAAAAAACAAUCAAAAUGCCUUCUUUUGUAAAGAAACUAAACAAAGUGAAAGUGUCUGUACUCCCAGAGAAAGGAGAAAGCAGGCGAGCCCAGGCAGGCCCCCCAUCCCCAAACUCUCUCUACAGCCAUUAACUUGAUUUCAAAACCUCCCAGUUGAUGUUUGUUAAUCGUAGUGUGAUCCUAGUGUCUUUCAGCAGUCUGGCCUUCCAGUUGUCCUUUUUUUGUUUUUAUUGAUCUGUAACAAGUUCCAUUUUUUUUUUUUUU